AUGGAAUUAGUUCAAGUCACUUCACAAGAAAUCAUCAAACCAUCUUCACCAACACCCCCUCACCUUAAAUACUUCAAAAUCAGCAUUUUCGAUCAGCUUUUCCCCGUAUUUUAUCAACCAUUUUUGUUCUUCUAUCACUCCAAUCCCAAUCUUUCUAUUGAAGAGAAAUUAGGUCGAUUCAAAGACUCGUUAUCGAAAACCCUAACUCGGUUUUACCCGCUUGGCGGAAAAAUCAAAGACUCUACCACCGUUGAUUGUAACGACGAGGGCGUCUUGUUUGUAGUAGCCAAAGUUGGUUAUGCAAUGAUUGAUUGUCUUAAACCUCUAAACAUUGAGCUACUAAACAUGUUUGUUCCGUUAAGCCCUAUUUACAAAGAGUCACCGGAGAAGGCGGUACAAGUAGGUAUUCAAAUUAAUAUUUUUUCAUGUGGUGGUAUUGCUAUUGGUAUCUCUUUCUUACACAAAUUCAUAGAUGGUACCACCUUUAGUGCUUUCAUCAAGGCGUGGGCUGCCAUCUCUCGCGAAAAUUUGUAUCAAGAAUUGUGUCCACAUAGUGUCGCAGCAUCACUUUUCCCACCUAAUCAUGGACAAUUUUCAGCUCAAAUGCCAUUCUUCGCUGAAAUCACGCCUAGGCCGGAACAGAAGAAGGUCGCAAAAUGGUUUGUGUUUGAUGAUACUGCCAUAUCUUCACUCAAGGUGAAGGCUAGAAGUGAAAAUGUUCAUAACCCAACUCGAGCAGAAGCAAUCUCUGGACUCAUAUGGAAAUGCCUCAUUAGUCAUGAUUCUCAAGAACCGACUACGUGUGUACACUUGGUUAAUUUACGGCCAAGAUUAAGUCCUCCGCUACCGGAGUAUUCCAUCGGAGAUAUUUUAUGGAGAGCAAUUGCAACUUAUGACCCAAGAAAUGAAAAAAACAAAGAACUAUCUUGUUUAGUGGAUCUUUUGAGAAAAUCAAUAGGGGAAGUGAAUGCCGACUAUUUGUCGAAUAUGCAAGGUGAAGAAGGGUUGGAGAAAAUAUGUAAGUUAUUGGAAGAAGGGAGAGAGAUCUUUGCUAGGUCAAGAAAAACUUAUGCGGUUUCUAGUCUUAGCAAGAUGGGACUCUAUGAAGCAGAUUUUGGAUGGGGAAAGCCUUUAUGGGUCACGGUAGCACCGAUCGUUCAAGAAGUGCAAAUUAAUAUGAUUUACCAAAUUCAGACCGAAUCUGGCGAUGCAAUAGAAGUACUGGCGAUGUUAGACGAUCGUGACAUGGAGAAAUUGGAACACAAUCCUGAAUUCCUUGCAUAUGCUUCCUUGAAUCCUGACAUCCAAGCCUAG